AUGUCGCACUCUGAGCUAGACCACAAGGAUGCCAAGUUCAUCGUGUUCUCCGACUUUGACGGUACAAUCACCAGCGAGGAUAGUAAUGAUCACAUGACCGAUAAUCUCGGCUUUGGACGCGAGCGUCGCAGGGAACUAAACCUGGCAGUGUUGGAAGGAAGAGCUACAUUCAGAGAUACGUUUAAAGAGAUGAUUGAGAGUGCUAGUGCCAAGCAUUCAUUCGACGAAUGUCGUGAACUCGUCAAGAAUAAUAUCAAAUUAGAUCCAGGCUUCAAGAAUUUCCUGGAUUGGGCGCGAUCGGCAAACGUGCCGGUGGUGAUUGUGUCUAGUGGAAUGGUUCCUAUCAUUCGGGCAAUCUUGGAGAAUUUGAUCGGGAAGGAAGAGGCUGAUCGGAUCGAAAUCGUGGCGAACGAUGUGGAUACAAGCAAAGGCUCCGGACCUGGCCAAUGGACCAUCAAAUAUCGUCAUCCUGAAUCCGGAUUCGGGCACGACAAGGACCGAUGCAUCUCGCCAUAUAGAUCACUCUCUAAGCGCCCCACGAUUUUCUUUUGUGGCGAUGGAGUCUCAGACCUCUCUGCCGCACGAUCGGCCGACUGUUUGUUUGUCAAGUUGAAGGAGGGCACUGGGAAUGACCUUGCCAAACACUGCGAGUCCGAGGGAAUCAAGCACGUGAAGUUUCAGAGCUUCAAUGAGGUCAAAGACGUCGUUCAAAGUGUGGUCGAAGGCAACAAGAAGGUCGAGGAGGUUCUCAAUUAA